AUGACUUUAGCUAAUUUCGUUGAUCAAGAACAAGCCGCUUUCGAAUAUGAAGCUUCGGAGGUUGAAAGAUGGUGGAAAAGUGAACGUUUUGCUCACGUAAAACGGCCAUAUAGUGCUAAAGAAAUAGUUUCAAAAAGAGGUCUACUCAGACAACAAUACCCUUCUGAUACUCAAGCAAAGAAAUUAUGGUGUUUAUUGAAUUCUCAUCAAAAAAAUAAAACUGCCACCCAUACUUUUGGCGCAUUGGAUCCUAUUCAAGUGGCUCAGAUGGCAAAAUACCUUGAGACCGUUUAUGUUUCUGGUUGGCAAUGCUCCUCGACUGCAUCCACUUCAAAUGAACCUGGUCCCGAUCUAGCUGAUUAUCCUAUGGACACUGUUCCAAACAAA